AUGGGGUGGUUUUGCGGUGGGCUCAUGGUCUCCGUGGGCUACCUGGUCCUGAUGUGUGUGGCAGGUUCUGGCAGCAUUGAGGUCCUCCUGCACGAGCCCACCUGCCUUUCUGACUAUAUCAAGACUUCCACAUGUGAAUGGAGCAUGACUGGCCCCACCAAUUGCAGCACUGGCCUUCUCAUGUCCUACCUGGAUAACAUCUACCCCUUUCAAAUCAGAACAUGUAUCCCUGAGAACAAGAACAGGUCGGAGUGCGUGUGCACCAUGCUGAUGGAUGAGGGCAUUGUCUCUAUGAGCAACUAUACCCUGAGGCUCUGGGCUGGGCAGCAGCUGCUGUGGGAAGACAUCUUCAUACCCUUCCAGCAUGUCAAAACCAAGACCCCCCAAAACCUUGUUGUCCAUAAGAAUGGCUCUGACAUGUGGCUGCUGAAAUGGGACAAUCCGUACACGCCUGCGGAUCAGCUGUACUCCGAAGUCUCCUACCUGGUCAACAUUUCAAACGAAUACGACCCGUCAGAUUUCAAAGUCUAUAAUGUGACCUACCUGGAACCCCUCCUUCGACUGUCAGCCCGGGCCCUGAAGUCUGGAGUGUUGUACAAGGCCAGGGUGAAGGCCCACUGUGUGAACUAUAACAGCAUCUGGAGUGAAUGGAGCCACAGCUGCGCGUUGAACAACAACUACGACAAAACCCUCGAGCAGCGCCUCCCGCUGGUUGUCAGCAUCUCCUGCGUCAUCAUCCUGGCCGUCUGCGUGUCCAGCUACUUCAUCGUCCUCAAGCUUAAGAAAGAAUGGUGGGACCAGAUUCCCAAUCCAGCCCACAGCCCCCUCCUGACUAUUAUCAUCCAGGAGUCACAGGUGUCACUGUGGGGGGAGCGGUCCCGCACCCAGAAACCAGCCAAGUGCCCACGUUGGAAGACCUGUCUUACCAAGCUCCUGCCAUGUCUGCUAGGGCAUGACAAAGAAUGGGGUGAGGAUCCCCCCAAGGUUUCCAGGCCCGGGCCACUCCAGGGCCCCGCCAAGUCGGCCAGGUGCCCCGUGGAGCUCAGCAAAGUGGUGCUGUGGCCGGAGAGCAUCAGCGUGGUGCGGCGCGUGGAGCUGGUGGAGGCCCCGGCGACAGAGGAGGAGGAGGAGGAGGAAGUGGCAGGAGAGAAAGGGAGCUUCUGCCCCUCGCCGGAGCCCAGUGGGGUCAGCUUCCAGGAGGGCAGGGAGGGCAUCGUGGCCCGGCUGACAGAGAGCCUCUUCCUGGACCUCCUCGGGGCACAGGAUAUAGGGGAGUCAGUGCUUUCCCUGCCAUCAGGAAACCACAGUACUCAAGUGCCCUGGGUGGAGCUCCCAAAUCCAGGCUCCGAAGAGGCAGCGCCGCAGGGCAAGGAUGUGGAGGCAGCACCGCAGGGCAAGGAUGUGGAGGCAGCCAGCGUGGCUUUCCCCAAAAUGCCCAUCACCAUUGCCGACAACCCCGCUUACCGCAGCCUCGGUGCUGUCCAGAGCCCGUCCCCAGGUCCAGAGGAGCUGGACUCGGGCUCUCAGCCGGCCUCACACCUGGAGGAAGUGAACCUUCAGGCCCCCUAUGCCCCCCAGCCCUCGGAGCAGCCCACCUCGUGCCAGCCAGAGUUGGAGACGUGGGAACAGAUUCUCCGCCAGCGCGUCCUGCAGUGUGGAGCUGCCCCAGCCCCCGCAUCCACGCCCCCCAGUGGCUACCGGGAGUUUGUGAGUGCAAUGACGCUGGGCAGCGCCCAGGACAGCCCGCCCGUGGGCUCCAGCCCUUCCGGGGAAGCUGGGUACAAGGCCUUCUCCAGCCUGCUCGCCAGCAGUGCCACCUGCCCGGGGAAACCUGGGGGUGAGGCCAGUGGUGGGGAAGGGGGCUAUAAGCCCUUCCAGAACCUUCUUCCUGGCUGCCCUGCCGCCUCGGCCCCAGUGUCGGUCCCCCUGUUCACCUUUGGCCUGGACGUGGAGCCCCCUCACAGCCUGCAGAGCUCAGUCCCACUAAGCAGUUCUUCAGAGCCCCUCAUUGUGCGGCCAGCGGUGAAGGGAGAGGACAGCCACAAGCCCCCACUCUCCCCAGAGCCGGUCAUGGACCCCCUCGUGGAUGACCUGGGCAGCGGCAUUGUCUACUCCACUCUCACCUGCCACCUGUGUGGCCACCUGAAACAGUGUCACGGUCAGGAGGAGCGUGGCGAGGCCCACACCGUGGCCAACUCCUGCUGCAACUGCUGCUGCGGGGACAAAGCCUCCCCCCCAGUGAGCCCCUUGAGAGCAUUUCAGCUGGGCUCGUGUCUCCCCCCAGCAUCCUCAGCUCUCUUGGGCGUCUCAGAGGGAAGCAAGUCCUCACUGGCCAUGAGGACGUCCCCCAGCAAUGCUCAGAGCUCAGGCCCGCCUCCCAAGAUGCCGCCCGUGGGAUCUCCUGAAACCCCAUGCACGAGGGUGCCUUAG